CUGUACUGUGUGUACUGGAACAUGGAGUGCAUGGAUCGAGGACGGCUGCACCGUUAGCAGAACCAACAGGAGCCACACCGUGUGCACCUGUAUGCACCUGUCCACCUUCUCCCUGAUCAUGCAGACGGACGACAGAGCCCAGGACCCUGCUUUGAGGCUGCUGAACAUCCUGACUGAGAUGCUGGGGCUGCUGAUCCUCACGCUGGCCGUGGUGACCUUUACCCUCUGCAGGAAGAACCCACAGGUGAGCAGCCCGCCACGCCUCCACCUGUCGGCCUGCCUGCUGCUGGCACACCCCUUCUUCCUGGUCAUCCAGAGCAGCAACCACAUGCAGGAGGUGCCGUGCGGGGUGCUCUCCGUCUUUGUGCAUUACUUCUACUUGUGCUGCUUCCUCUGGACGUCCAUAGAGGCUGCAGUACUGCUCCUGACCACUAGGAGGCUUGAGCAGCUCAACCAAAACACACAGCAGCUGACCUCCUGGAAGCACAUGUACGUGAUUGGCCACGGACUACCCCUGGUCAUCGUGGGCAUGUACGUCGGAAUGAAGCCUGAUGGAUAUGGUAGCCAGCACUUCCGCCCCACACUGUGAUGCUGCUGGAGACGA